UAUUGAUAUUUAAUAUUGUGAGCUGUCCAUUUAUUUCUUAACCUUUUUUGCUUUUUCUUCCCUUUUUCAACUGCCCUCAAUUCCUUUAACCAUCCCAUUGGCUGAUUUGUAUUUUAGCUUUUUUUUCUAUUAUUAUUAAUCACUUGUUUAUCACGGAAGAAAGUGCAGAAAGUUUUCUGGGUUUUUCCUUUGCUUACUCAAGGGGAUGAAUUAGUCUCUAAUUUUCAAUAAUUUGAAAGAAACAGCCUUUAUUCAGAGAUGGGACAUACUGGUAACUGCAGAUAUUUAAGAGAACAACUUGUUUUUGCUAAGAAUUAGUACCAGCUGGAUUACAUUAACUUGGGAUGAGAACAUAUAAGGCGAAGACCAAUAUAGAAGUUAAUGGACAAAAGGGUGAUGGAGGAAUCAAGAACCAUGGAGUUAAUGAUUUCAUGGCUCGGAAGAAUCCGAUACAAGGAGCAUCGUAUAUGGCAAGUCCUAGUGAAGUAGAAAGACGAAAGGAAGAAAACAAAGCUCAUAAUAUGAGCGAGACCUUUUUGGCAUCUGAUGCGCCGGAGCUGGUUGUAUUUAUUCAAGAGAGUGAUUAUCAGUCAAUCAAGGAUAUUUUCAUAGACAGGGAAGUUCCUUCGCGGAAUCGAUUAAAGUAUAAGGGUAUCUAUUCCAAGUAUAAUACAGAUGCGAAUGGUGAUAGUGAAGAACCUGGAAAAUCUCUUAGUAUAAUGUCAUCUAUUUCCAAUGAGAUUGAACAAGAUUUUCAGAAUUAUGCAAGGAAAAGGCAUGCUCUUGAGGACUUAAUGAAGGAUGAUGAUGAUGAAGAUUCCGAUGGAAGAGACGUUCACUCGCAUGAUAAGACUACCAUGAGCAACCUAGAGGAAUUUUUACAAGGUUCAGAGUGUCAACAGCCUCAUAAAACCGAAGGCUUACAGAGAAGCCUAACAGGUCCGAAUCAAAACAUCAUUAACGAAAUGGCUUCUGGUGAUUGUGGUUCCAUUGCAGCAAGUCCGAUACCAUGUUCCGGUAGCAUGUCUCUGCGGUCAAGUAGUAGCACUGCCAGCUCUCAUUCAUUUGCUUUUCCCAUGUUGCCAACGGAAUGGAACGGCAGCCCGGUGAGAAUGGCAGAAGCUGACCCGAGACGGCCAAAGAAGCACCAAAGUUGGAAAACCUGUUUUCUCUGCUGUAUGUGGCUCUUUAAUUGCUUCUUUUGUACCAACAGCAAUUCUUUUUUUUUUUUUGAAAUAGUACCAACAGCAAUUCUAAUUCCUCAUAUCUGAUACAAUUUUCAUUUGUAAUGCUAUGCAGGAUUCUAAAAACAUCAUAAUUUUCAACAAUGGUGUCAUAUUAGAAAGAUAAAAUUAGCAAUGACGUUUGUCAAUUGUCAUACAGAGUGUUCUUUUACCUUCCAACAUUAUCAUUCAACAAGUUGUGAAGUCUGUUGGGUGCAAAAACAAAUAAGACAAAGCUUGUCCCUUUUUCUUUCUUUAUACUGUCAAUGACUGAUACAAAAAAAAGUUAAUAUUUAUACAAGUCAGUUCUGUUUUUUGUCA